AUGUACGGUUUUGAGGCUCUCACGUUCAACAUUAACGAUGGUUACCUGGAGGCGAUCGUGCGAGGGUACCGGUCAGGGCUGCUGACAGCCGCUGAUUACAACAACCUGUGCCAGUGCGAGACGCUAGACGACAUUAAGCUCCACCUCACGGGGACGGACUAUGGAGGCUUUUUACAAAACGAGCCGUCUCCGCUGCAUACGACGACUAUCGUCGACAAGUGCACGCAGAAGCUGGUGGACGAAUUCGACCACAUGCGCUGCCAGGCCACCGAGCCUCUCUCCACCUUCCUCGACUACAUCACUUACGGCCACAUGAUCGACAACGUGGUGCUCAUUGUGAGCGGUGCGCUACACGAGAGGGACGUGCACGAGCUGCUGGAGAAAUGCCACCCGCUCGGCAUGUUUGACAGCAUCGCUACCCUAGCUGUUGCUCAGAACAUGAGGGAGCUGUACCGCCUGGUGCUGGUGGACACACCCCUUGCUCCCUACUUCUCUGAAUGCAUCACCUCUGAGGAUCUGGACGACAUGAACAUUGAGAUCAUGCGGAACACCCUUUACAAGGCGUACCUUGAGGACUUCUACAAGUUCUGCAAGCGUGUGGGGGGGGCAACUGCAGAGAUCAUGUGUGACCUUCUUGCCUUCGAGGCGGACAGACGUGCUGUCAGCAUCACCAUCAACAGUUACCCGUAUGGUCAUGAAGAGCUUGCUAUCUGCGAAGAUUUUGAUCAGGUGCGGGCAGCCAUGGAGAAGUACCCUCCGUAUGCGGCCAUCUUUGCCAAGCUGUCAUUUGGGGAGAGCCAGAUGCUGGACAAGGCGUUCUACGAGGAGGAGGUCAAGCGCCUCACACUCUCGUUUGACCAGCAGUUCCACUAUGGUGUGUUCUUCGCCUAUGCCCGGUUGAGGGAGCAAGAGAUUCGCAACCUGAUGUGGAUAUCGGAGUGUGUGGCUCAGAAUCAGAAGUCUCGCAUUCACGACGGCAUUGUCUUCAUAUUCUGA